UGCAUUCGCGAACUUCAAAGGCAACUGUUGAUUUUGCGAAAUAACAGUCGGUCUAUAAUUUAUUGAUAAAGUGUGAAGAAAAAUUUAAAACGAACAGUACUAUAUGCAAAGUAUAUUUCGAAACUCUUCCCUAAAUACACAUAAAAUUUAGAAAUUGAAAAUGACAAAAUUAGCAUUCGAGCUUCUCUCCCUGGAAAAUAAUGUUUUUAAAGCAUAUCUCUUCUGGACAGCGUUCUUAGUGUUGAAAAUGUUAUUCAUGUCGUUGAUAACGGGAUUCAUGCGUUUCAGGACGAUGACCUUUAUCAACGAAGAGGAUCUGCUCGACAAACGACUAAAAGUGAAAUAUAACGAUCCACAUGUGGAACGAGCACGCAGAGCACAUCGCAACGAUCUGGAAAAUAUUCUACCAUUUUUCACCAUUGGCUUCUUGUAUGUGCUGUUAGAUCCCAAUGCUACAUUGGCUAUCAAUUUGUUUCGAGCCGUGGGUAUCUCACGCAUAAUACACACAAUCGUUUACGCCAUUGCUCCAGUGCCACAACCGAGUCGGCUAUUGGCUUUUCUUGUUCCAGUCUGCGCCACCACUUAUAUGGCUUACGAAGUGGUUCGAGCUGUUUACUAAUAAUGUCUAUAUGAUAUAUGUAUUUAAUUCAAUAAUAUGAACGAGAAUUUCUCUUUAAUGACAGAGUUAGUCGAAAGGAAGGAAUAUUUUUAUGUCAAAGAGGAAUAUUGUCGACUUUAUAUAAAUAUUAUUAGUUUUUUGGAAUAAGGUAUUUUUUUAAUAAAAAUAUUAAAAAAUA